GUCGGCAGUUCGAGUCGCUGGGGAACGCGCAAAACUCUCUGCUGCAGUGUUUUCACGCUCUUCGUCCGAUUUAUUUAUUUAUUUAUUAAUUUUUUUUUUUUCUCCAUCCGAUAAAUUGCAUUAAAGUACCCACGUACGUGCUAAGCCCUUGGAUUUGAAGUAAUAUAUUCCAAGCAGUUGGUUUCCAGAGGAAUUGGAGUGUGGAUAAAAAACAAAAAAGUCCGCUCUGCUGUUUUGAAGAAGAUCCUUUGAAAAGUCACAAAAGCGAGCAUGGCAACUGCAACGGAAACACCGAUCGUGAAUGAGGCUACGGAGAUCCGGUGCCAGGAGAAGACCAAGGGUGGGCUGCGGUACGAGGUGAUCCUCGCGGAGCCAACGGCCCCGGCGAAGCGCGCGCCGUCGCCGACCCGACCUACCUCGCCCACCACCAUGAGCCCGGCCCUGGUAGCCGAGAAGCUGCGCGCCGCCGAGGAGCGCCGACUGUCCCUCGAGGCAGAGAAGAUGGCCAACCUGUCGGCCCGCACCGCCAAAAUCGAGGAGGCCGCCCGCAAGCGCGACGAACUCACCAGCGGCUUCGUCAACACCACCCGCGAGAUUUUGGACAAGAAGCUCACCAGCAGCGAGGAAAAGCGCGAGGCCCACUACGCCGACAAGAAGAAGAAGAUCAAGGACCACUUGGAGGGGGUCGAGAAGUCGAGGCAGAGCAAAGAGCACCAGAACGAGGAGAUUCGCAUCGCCAUCGAGGAGAAGCUCAAGACGGCCGAGGCCCAGCGUGAAAUGAACCUCAAGAACAAGGUCGAACGGCUCAAGGAGCACGAGGAUCACGUGAACCGCGUGCGCCACUUGCAGAUCGAGCAGACCCAGAAGCUCGACACCGUGAUCAAGACGAAGCUGGAGUUGGCGGGCGAGCGGCGCAAGACCAUCGAGCGCGAGACCCUCGACAAGAUCCGCAAAUGCUCGCGCGUCGAUGCCAUCAAGUCGAACAAGUCCAAGUCCCUGGGCAGCGGAGGCAACGACGAGCAGCCAGCCAACCAGGAGACUGCAAGCUCCGGCUAAGAACACCGGCUCCUCCCUUCGCUUCCCCAAGCCACGGCUUCUCGCCCUGUCACUAUAUACCUUCUGUCGCCGAGUUGUCUUAUUUUCAUUUUAUCGUUUAGCCAUUAUCGUCACUAACGACUACGAGUAUUCAAGAGAGUCAACAAUGACAGCACUGCCUUUUUUUUUAUACUUUUACUUUAAAGAUAAUAAUACGUUAGGAAAAAAACGCUAAUAUACGUUGUAGGCACUGUAGUGUUUGUUUGCGCAAACGUGCGCGCGGAGCUCAAAGCUCUGUAUCUACUUUAAAUUUUUUUUUUUUUUUUUUUGCGGUACGAACAAUGGCCAUGGAAAUUAAUUGUAGUUGAUCGCGCUUGCAUGCGUCGUGUAUUCUUUAAAGACUGCGAGCGUUUGGGCAAGUUGAAAACUGCUGUGUCGUUGCGGAUUGAAAAAAAAAAUAAUAAAUAAAGACUACUUAUCGUCGCUCUGGAUUUUCUCGAGUUUGGAAACUUGGUUUCCAGCUGGAAAAUGAGCAACCGAUUUCGAUUGCUGAUGCUUUAUUGUGAUUAUUAGGAACUUGACUGCUUGCUUGACUGAGUUUGAAAGAUAGACUUUUGGUAACUAACGAUUAAUAUUUUUUUUAUCGCCGCAAACUCUUUUUACAAGUAAAUUUCGAGUACAUUUUGCUACAUAUGUUUAUUAUUAUUACGUUUAAGUAAUUGUAUGUUUGUAACAAUCGAUAAAUAAAUAAAAGUUUGUCAUGAAUCAUUUUUUGCACGCAUUAACAGGAAUUGUUGUUGGAUAAAUAAUGUUUUAUGCUCUGUAAUUGUUUAUAUGUAUAUUUCAUACUUUUGCCAUUUUUGUGAUUUUCAGCUGUUUCCACAAAAUAUAUAUACGCCGAUUCAGAUACUUGUAUUGCUGCUGGAGUUAUAUGCAAGUCAUUGUAUACAAAUUUUUUAAUCGAUUGAAAUUCUGAAAGUAUUAAACGAUUCCUUGAAUUUUAUACGAUAAGAUAAUAAAAUGAGCCUAUGGAGUUAA